GUCGUACUGCCGGCGGAGAGUCCUGCCCGCGGGACUCCCAUUUUUUUCCUUUUGCUGAAGAAAAAUGCCUUCCUUGGGAGGGAAAGCACAGACUGUCUUGGGCCCUGUGGAUCCGGACCAUCUUGGCUAUACGUUGACUCAUGAACACUUGGCUAUGAACUACAGCAGCUGUUUUUGUCCACCUUCUCCAGGCCAAGAGCCUCUGUCUGAUGGGCCCAUUGAGAUGAAGAACUUGUUUUGGAUUAAGCAAAAUCCUUACAGCCAUAAAGAAAACCUUCUUUUGUAUCAGGAAACAGAUGCUGUGAAGGAGGAGCUGUUGCAUUUUAAAGCAGCAGGUGGUGGGACGAUUGUGGAAAACACAACCACAGGAAUUGGUCGGGAUAUGAAUACUUUGAAGAAACUCGCUGAAGAAACUGGAGUCCAUAUUAUUGCUGGGGCUGGGUUUUAUGUGGAUUCCACUCAUUCUUCUCAAACACAGGCCAUGACAGUGGAGCAACUUACAGGCAUUAUUGUUGAUGAGAUACUCAAUGGAGCAGAUGGAACUAACAUCAAGUGUGGUGUGGUGGGAGAAAUAGGUUGCUCCUGGCCUUUGACUGAGAGUGAACACAGAGUGCUUCAAGCAACAGCGCACGCUCAGUCACAGCUUGGGUGCCCAGUUAUCAUCCAUCCUGGCAGGAGCAGCGAUGCACCUUUCCAGAUUAUCCGCAUUCUGCAGGAAGCUGGGGCUGAUACUUCAAAGACAGUCAUGUCUCACCUCGACAGGACUAUAUUUGAUACAAAGAAACUUCUGGAAUUUGCUAAACUGGGGUGCUAUUUAGAGUAUGACCUAUUUGGUACAGAAUUUCUUCACUACCAGUUCCACCCUGAUAUUGACAUGCCGAGCGACAAUGAAAGAAUUGCAAGGAUUCGUGUGCUGAUCAAUGAAGGCUAUGAAGACAGAAUUCUGAUUGCUCAUGAUGUGCACACUAAGAAUCGGUUGAUGAAAUAUGGAGGUCAUGGAUAUUCACAUAUCCUUAAAAAUAUAGUUCCUAAAAUGCUAAUUAGAGGCAUAUCCCAAGAUAAAAUUGAUAAAAUACUCCUAGCAAAUCCAAAGCAGUGGUUGACUUUUAAGUAGGAAUAAUGAAUAAAUAGUCCUAUUUUAUAGGGAAACUUGAUAAAAUUCAGAUUUGUUUCAGGAGUGCAGUCAUUUUAAAAUCCUUUCAGAGAAACUGGAAGUUAUUAAUUAGAUGCGAACAAACUGAUUAUGACUUUUAUUUUUAAUUAGAACAACAAAAUUAUAUAUUCUCUCUGCAUUUUCUCCCUUUUAAAAGUCUGUUUAUGAAUGAUUUACUGGAUAUGAGCGUACCUGCAAAAGCUUUUCAAUUGAAAUUUUAAAAUAAUUAUUUCUAGAGAGUAAUCUAAUACUAUUAUUAAAAGUUACCCAAAAAUAUUUUUGAAGAUGCAUCAUCUGGACUUUGAAGGAAAUUACAGUUUUCAAUUAAAUUCCCCUUCUCUGGCGGGUGAUUUUAAUCUUUGUAAUAUUGACAAUCUUCUAAUUAUCCUUAUAUUCUUUAAAUGAUGCUUGAUAAAAGGUCUGGGAUUUUUAAAUAGCUUCCAUAGACAACAGAAGGCAAAAGAAAUCUCAAGUAAUUCUAAAAAGAUAUUGUUUCUUUCUAGUUUAACAACUUACUUAUUUUUAACUGAAAGUGUAAAAAAUACAUGGAAAAAUAAAUUUUUGA